UUGUUCUCUUCCUCAUUCUCGGUGAAGAGAAUCAACUCAACCACGUUCGUGAUCCGCGAGGACGAUGCGUUCGGCGAGCAUCCACUCAUAUACGCCAAACUUCAUCCGACUGCGCCGGUGGUGAUAUUGUCAGACACGGGAUGCGAUGAGCCGAGUGAGAAGAGGCAACAUGCAAGAUAUACCCAGCUCCGCGGAUACCUCGAAGCCUGCCCUUUGGCCAUUCUUGGCAAUCGACCGCUCAACCCUGGCGGGCACAGAGAAUAUGUGAUCAUCUGCACACACUGCCACUACGACCAUCUCGGCGGCGUGACCCAGUUUCUCGCCGGGGGAGCUACGUCCAUUAUCGCCUCCGCGGCUGGGAAACAAUUCAUCGAAUCCGACCUCGAAACUCAUGGACUCUUCAAAUAUAUCGGGAAGCCAGUGCCGUACUUCCAAGUCACACACUGGGCGGGGAGCUUUGAGCGGCUGAUAUGGCCGUUACCCUGCUAUGAGGGCGUGGUCCGAAACAUCAAGCCCGUAGAUCUAGGUGUCACAAUUAUCCACACCCCGGGACACACGCCGGAUUCUCUCGCUUGGUACGACCAUGAGGAGAUGCAUCUUUACGUGGGCGACAGUCUGUAUGAGCCUGGCGAGGUGGAUGAUAUGCCCAUUGAGUGGCCUACCGAUGGGAAUUUGGUCGACUGGUACUACUCCAUUCAGAAAUUGCUGCAAUUCGUGCACUCCCAAAACGCUGGUGCAGAGGUAAACGUGAGCGAGGAUGAUUCACUGGAUGGCUGGACUCACAUUUCACGCCGCGUGAAGUUGGGAGCAGGCCAUCAGACUGCCAGUGUAGACGCUGAGGAGAUUUUGAGGAAGGUGAUGGAUGUCUGGUGGCGGACGCUAAGGGGAGAGGUGCCGGUUGUGAAUAAGCGGGUGCUGAGGGGUGAGGCGUACUUCACUUGGCGGAGAAAGGAGAGGAAGGAGGAGAUGUACUUCAUGGCGCCGGCGAGGUUGAUCGAGGAUGCGAGGAAGUUCUUC